AUGACACUGGGCCAAUUGUGCAAUUCCCUAUGGGACUUCCAAUCUCGGCCAGAUGUGAUAACCCCAGCCCUCUCUCAAAGUUUCCUACAACCACGAUCCCCCCACGAUCCUAGAAUACUCUCUCCUCCAGACUCCAAGGCCAUAGUGGAUGGUAACCUGAAGCUGAUCCUAUAUAUUACGUUCUCUCCUCCAGACUCCAAGGCCAUAGUGGAUGGUAACCUGAAGCUGAUCCUAUAUAUUACGUUCUCUCCUCCAGACUCCAAGGCCAUAGUGGAUGGUAACCUGAAGCUGAUCCUUGGCAUGGUGUGGACACUGAUCCUCCACUACUCCAUCUCCAUGCCCAUGUGGGACGAGGAGGAGAAGGGGGGCGACGGCCAGCACAAGACCCCGAAACAGAGGCUUCUGGGAUGGAUCCAGAACAAGCUCCCAGAGAUCUCCAUCCACAACUUCAGCAGAGACUGGCAGAGUGGCAGAGCACUGGGGGCACUGGUCAACAGCUGUGUUCCGGGCCUGUGUGCAGACUGGAACCAGUGGGACCAAACUAAACCAGUGGACAACGCCCGGGAGGCCAUGAAACAGGCUGAUAACUGGCUAGGCAUCCCUCAGGUGAUAACCCCAGAGGAAAUUGUUGACCCCAAUGUAGAUGAACAUUCCGUGAUGACAUACCUGUCCCAGUUCCCCAAGUCCAAACUGAAGCCUGGUGCACCCCUGUGCCCAGGACUCAACCCCAAGAAUGCCUGCGCAUACGGACCAGGUAUAGAGCCAGUAGGUAACUUUGUGAUGAAGAAGGCAGUGUUUACAGUGGAGACCAUCAGUGCUGGGAUGGGAGAGGUCCUAGUGCAUGUAGAGGACCCUGCCGGACACAAAGAGGAGGCCAAAGUGACAGCCAACAAUGAUAUGAACCAAACCUACUCUGUCUUCUACAUACCCAAGGUCACUGGGAUGCACAAGGUGACGGUGCUGUUUGCGGGGCUACACAUCAAUAAGUCUCCUUAUGAGGUGGAUGUGGGGAUGGCUCAGGGAGACAGCAGUAAAGCUACAGCCCAGGGACCUGGACUAGAACCUGCUGGGAACAUCGCCAAUAAGACCACAUACUUUGAUGUCUACACCGCAGAGGUGGAGGUGGUGAUCAUGGACCCAGCGGGUAAGAAGAACGUGGUGGUGAGUCAGAUAGAGGAUAAGGGCAACAGUUCGUACCGCUGCACCUACAAACCCACCCUGGAGGGGGCCCACACCAUCUACGUUACCUUCGCUGGAGGACAAAUCAGCAAGAGCCCCUUCACUGUGAACAUAGGAGAGGCUUGUAACCCCAGCCUGGUUCGGGCUAAGGGGCGUGGUCUCCAGCCUAAAGGCCUCAGGGUUAAAGAGACAGCUGACUUCAGAGUCUUCACUAAAGGAGCUGGGACAGGAGAACUCAAAGUCACCAUCAAGGGCCCCAGGUCUGGAUAG